AUGGUGGUUGCCGAUAGCGUUGACGAAUAUUCUUCGCCUGAGAAGGAGCCGUUCUCUGCGAGCGACACCGAGAACGAUGCGACCUCUAGGGAACAAGAUUCUAAGGCCCUGAAGAAGUCAGCUAGUCCGCCCCCACCAAAGCUGUUUCUGAAUUUGCCAGAUAAAACAGAAGAGGCUCUAGCAACAUUCAACUUGCUACAGCUAUCUAAAUAUCAAAAUGCGAAACUGGGCAGCUGCGGAAGACAGACAGAGGAUAUGACCUGUGACUGUCGUGAGGACUUCGAUACGAAUACCAAAGUCAAUCAUGCUUGUGGAGAAGACUCUGAAUGUAUCAACAGAUUGACCAGUGUUGAAUGUCUUGAUGAAUCGUGCUCUUGCGGGUCCGACUGUCAGAAUCAAAGAUUCCAGAAAAAGGCUUACGCAAAGGUAUGCGUGAUCCAAACCGAACACAAGGGAUUUGGACUUAGAGCCGAGGAGGACCUGGGCCAGGACCAAUUCAUAUACGAAUAUAUCGGAGAGGUCGUAGAUGAGCCGUCUUUCCGGAAUCGGAUGAUCGAUUACGAUAACCAGGGUCUGAAGCAUUUCUAUUUCAUGAUGCUGCAGAAGGGCGAGUUCAUCGAUGCCACCAAAGCAGGUUGUCUGGCCAGAUUCUGCAAUCACUCAUGUUCGCCAAAUGCGUAUGUUGACAAGUGGGUUGUUGGAAAGAAGCUGAGAAUGGGAAUCUUUGCGAAGAAGAAUAUCCUGAAGGGAGAAGAGAUUACGUUUGAUUACAACGUUGAUAGGUACGGAGCCCAGGCUCAGAAGUGCUACUGUGGAGAGCCCAAUUGUAUUGGUUUCAUUGGUGGAAAGACCCAGACCGACAGUGCUCGUAUUUUGCCUCAUAUCAUAGCUGAGGCUCUUGCUGUUACCUCGUCUCAAGAAAAAGAAUGGCUCAAGCUCAUGAAGCAAAAGGGUAUUAAGAGGUCCGAGAAGGACGACGAUACUAUCAACGCCGAGUUUGUUGCAUCCUUGGAGAUCAAGACGAUUGGCUUCGACGAAGUUCCCAAAAUCACGGGAUGCCUGCUGCAGCCAAAUCUCGAUUUUAUUGUAAUGGAGAAGAUCAUCGAUAGAGUGGUGAUGACUGAGGACGAGACAGUUCUUCACAGAAUCGCCAAAGUACACGGCGUUGAAGCCUUCAGCACUAUUCUGAAGAAUAUCUUGAGUGCUGGAAGUGACGAUACCACUAACUUGGACCAGAAGAGAAAGCUUUCGGACACAGAAGAGUCUUUGGUUUUUAAGGUGCUGAAGUUGAUGUCGGCUUGGCCCAAAAUGAAGUAUAGGAACAGGAUUGUUAACUCCCAGGUAGAACUAUACUUGGAGGCCAUUGUGGAUCGUUUCAACGAUGAUCUGACUGAGCUGGCUCAGUUUUUACUUGAUCAGUGGAAGCAACUGCCUAUGGAGUUCAAGAUACCCAAGAGAUUGGACGGACCAUCCAGCCAAAAAGAAGACAUUUUGGCUGACGCGAGAAGAAGCAAAAACCAUGAUGACUCUCGCAGAAUAGAUGGAAAGCCCUUGCCAGAGGGCUGGCAGUGGGCUGUUGAUGCAAACACUGGGAACAUUUAUUUCUACAAUCGGGAGAAGAAUCUCACACAGUGGGAAAAACCUGUUGCGGAAAAGAAGCCCAUCGCGCUUCCAAAGGGACCCAGGCGUUUGGAUGAUGAAAAAGAGAAGAUCAUAGAAAAACAGCGCAGACGCGAUGAAGAUCGCAAGAGAGAGAAGCAAGAGAGAGAUGCCAAGCUGAAGCAGGAGAAGUACAAGUUGGAGCAAGAACAGGAGGAAAUCAAAAGACUGACUGGCCUUGCUGAUAUUAUUGCCCAGGCAAAGGCCCAGCAGGAAGAGCUAGCCAGGCUAGCUGCGGAAUCAGCCAAAGAGACCAAGCACAAAAAGUCAUCAUCCCAACCUGUUGACUGCGAGAGACUUUGGGCUAGAGCACUAGCCUCCGUGGUGCCCAACAUGUUGAAAAAAUACGAGAAGGAGAUUGGACACGACAACCUCAAGUUGUGUGCAAAGGAUAUCGUUAAGGUAUUGGCGGAGAAAGAGGUAAAACGACACGGAACUUCAAAGCCACCCGUUACUUUUGACGAGGAAAAGAGGGCAAAGAUGAAGUCGUUCGUGAAACCGUAUAUGGAAAAGUUUGUCGCAAAGCUGGAGCAAAAAAGACAGAAGAAGAGGAGUCUCAGUAAUGGCAAUGGCACCAGCGAGAAACAGCCCUCCAAGCGGCACAAGGAUUGA